CCUCACCCGCCAACCUCCAUCAUCCACUUCGCUCCGCAACUCUCUCUUUUCACACAACAAGCUCGGACAUUCACAUCAGUGUCCGUGUCUUAAACGCCCGCACCCAUCCGCACGUCGUCAUCCUUCCGACCUUCACGAUUCUACCUCACCGCGAAACAACGUCAUCAUCCACCUUGCCACAACCAGCGACGUUGGACACUGCUGAAAGCCUAGGCAAGCUGGGGAAGAGAAAGAUCUCUAACGGGGACCCCGGGAGUCCAGCAAAAAGAGCCAUGACGGACAAGAUGCAGGUAGACAGCCCUGCUGUUGCUGCUGUUGAGCAGCUUAAGGACGGCGCCGGUGAAAUCGAUGAAUCUCUUUACAGCAGACAGCUAUACGUGCUUGGCCACGAAGCCAUGAAGCGCAUGGGCUCGUCGAACAUUCUUGUUGUUGGCCUGCGCGGCCUGGGUGUCGAAAUCGCAAAGAACAUUGCCCUGGCUGGCGUCAAGUCCCUCACACUUUACGACCCGAAGCCCGCAAACAUCCAAGACCUCUCAGCGCAAUUCUUCCUUCACCCUGAGGAUGUUGGUAAGCCGCGCGCUUCCGUCACCGUCCCUCGCAUCUCCGAGUUGAACCCUUACGUACCCAUUCGCGAGCAUGCGAGCAAGGACCUCACUUCCGAUCUGAACCAGUUGAAGCAGUACCAGGUUGUUGUUCUCACUGAUACCCCGCUGCGCGACCAGCUUCUCAUUGCCGACUACUGCCACAACAACGGCAUCUACAUUGUUAUUACGGAUACCUAUGGCCUAUUUGGUACCAUCUUUACGGACUUUGGAAAGAACUUCACUUGCGGUGACCCUACCGGCGAGAACGUGGUUAGCGGUAUCGUCGCGGGCAUUAACGAGGAUGGCACAGUGUCUGCUCUUGAAGAGACGAGGCAUGGCUUGGAGGAUGGUGACUAUGUCACUUUCUCCGAAGUUGAGGGUAUGGAGGGUUUGAAUGACUGCGCUCCCCGCAAGGUCACCGUCAAGGGGCCUUACACUUUCAACAUCGGCGACUGUUCUGGCCUGGGCCAAUACCAGCGCGGUGGUCUUUACACUCAGGUUAAGAUGCCCAAGAUUAUGGACUUCCAGCCUCUUAGCGAACAGCUGAAGAAGCCGGAGCUUAUGAUCUCUGAUUUCGCUAAGUUUGAUCGUCCUCAGCAACUGCAUGUCGGUUUCCAAGCCGUCCAUGCUUUUGCUGAGCAGCACAACGGCGAGCUCCCUAGGCCACACCAUGACGCAGAUGCGGCGGAAGUCUUGAAGCACGCUCAGUCCCUCGCCGGCCAGGGUGAGGACAAGGUCGAACUGGACGAAAAGGUCAUUAAGGAACUGAGUUACCAGGCUCGCGGUGACCUCAGCCCUAUGGCUGCUUUCUUUGGCGGUUUGGCCGCCCAGGAAGUGCUUAAGUCGGUGUCCGGAAAGUUCCACCCUAUCGUCCAGUGGAUGUAUCUCGAUUCCCUCGAGUCAUUGCCUCAGUCGGUCAAGCGCUCGGAGGACCUUUGCAAGCCUCUCGGCACCCGUUACGAUGGUCAAAUCGCAGUAUUUGGCAAGGAGUUCCAGGACAAGCUUGCCAAUGUCAAGCAAUUCCUUGUUGGCGCCGGUGCUAUUGGUUGCGAAAUGCUGAAGAACUGGGCAAUGAUGGGUCUCGGAUCUGGACCACAGGGCAAGAUCUGGGUGACCGAUAUGGACCAAAUCGAGAGGAGCAACCUCAACAGACAGUUCCUUUUCAGGCCUACGGAUGUCGGUAAGCUGAAGAGCGACUGCGCGGCCCAAGCGGUACAGGCCAUGAACCCCGAGCUCAAGGGACACAUUGUCACUUUGAAGGACCGGGUGGGCCCUGACACUGAGCACAUUUUCAACGAGGAGUUUUGGGAGAAUCUCGACGGCGUCACCAACGCCCUGGACAAUGUCGAAGCUCGUACCUACGUUGACCGUCGUUGCGUGUUCUUCCGCAAGCCUCUGCUGGACAGCGGUACUCUCGGCACCAAGGGUAACUCCCAGGUGGUUCUCCCCGGCAUCACCGAAUCGUACUCGAGCUCUCAAGAUCCUCCCGAGCAGUCCUUCCCUAUGUGCACUCUUAGGAGUUUCCCCAACAGGAUUGAGCACACCAUUGCCUGGGCCAAGGACCUUUUCCACACCUACUUCGCUGGACCGCCCGAGAUUGUCAACAUGUAUCUCACGCAGCCCAAUUACCUCGGCAGUGCACUGAAGCAGUCUGGAAACGAGAAGCAGACUCUCGAGACUCUCCGUGACUUCCUGGUCACCGAGAAGCCUCUGUCCUUUGAUGACUGCAUCGUUUGGGCUCGGCAGCAGUUCGAGAAGCAAUACAACAACGCUAUUGCGCAACUGCUGUACAACUUCCCCAAGGAUUCCAAGACUUCUAGCGGACAGCUGUUCUGGUCCGGCCCCAAGCGUGCGCCUGACCCGUUGAAGUUCGACCCCAACAACCCCACUCACUUUAAGUUCAUUGAGGCUGCUGCCAACCUGCAUGCCUUCAACUUCAAGAUUAAUCCCAAGGGUGUUACCAAGGACCACUACUUGAAGGUUCUAGAUGACAUGAUCAUCCCCGACUUUAAGCCUGACCCCGGUGUCAGGAUCCAAGCCAAUGAGAACGAUCCCGAUCCGAACGCGCAACAAUCCUCCGGUCCCGCCGAUGACAACAUGGAGCUGCAGAAGAUCGUAGAGUCUUUGCCGGCGCCCAAGUCGCUGGCCGGUUUCAAGCUGGAGCCCGUCGAGUUCGAGAAGGACGAUGACACCAACUACCACAUUGAUUUCAUCACGGCAGCUAGCAACUUGCGUGCCGAGAACUACAAGAUCCAGCAGGCUGACCGCCACAAGACGAAGUUCAUUGCUGGCAAGAUUAUCCCCGCCAUCGCCACAACUACAGCCCUCGUCACCGGCCUCGUCAACCUGGAGCUCCUCAAGAUCGUCGACGGCAAGACGGACAUUGAGCAGUACAAGAACGGCUUCGUCAACCUGGCUCUGCCCUUCUUCGGCUUCUCCGAGCCCAUCGGCAGCCCCAAGGGCAAAUACCAGGGCCCUAACGGCGAGGUGACGAUUGACAAGCUCUGGGACCGCUUCGAGGUCGAGAACGUCACGUUGCAGCAAUUCCUGGACUACUUUGAGAAGGAGAAGGGCCUGAGCAUUACCAUGGUCAGCUCGGGCGUCAGCCUGCUCUAUGCCAGCUUCUACCCGCCCAGCAAGCUGAAGGACAGGCUGCCUCUGAAGCUCGACCAGCUCGUCGAGACGAUCAGCAAGAAGCCCAUCCCGGCGCAUCAGAAGAACGUCAUCUUCGAGAUUACUGCCGAGGACAAGACGGAAGAGGACGUCGAGGUUCCAUACGUCAUGUUGAAGCUGCGGAAGUAGAUGGGUACACAGGUCCUCGGCUUAUAAAUAGAUUUGCGAUAGCGUAGAUUGGAAAUUCACGUUUCACGAAGC